AUGGCGCAAAGUAAGAGCUUUUUCGAUGAUGUCAAAAAAGAAUUGGAAUGUCCCGUUUGCCAGGAACAUUUUAGUCAAAUCAAUGAACCAAAAAUACUGAAAUGUCUCCACACGUUCUGCAAGACUUGUCUGGAAGCUUGGGUACGGCAGCAUCGUGAAGGACAGUUGAGUUGUCCGACGUGUCGUCAAAUCACCGAAUGUCCUAACAGCAACAUUAACAGCCUGCCAUCCAACCUUUUUUACAAACAGAUGGUUGAAAUAGUAGAGGCUUACAGCGGCCAAGGGGAAGAAGAUUCGUCUCAUUGUGGAUCCUGCGACGAAAAGAAAGCUUUGAAAUAUUACUGCUUUGAAUGCAACGGCUUUAUGUGUGAUGAAUGCGUCGGCAUCCACAAGAAAGGGAAAAUUUUCAGUGGCCACCAUGUAAAAGAUGUCAGAAAUUUCCAGUCCUGCGAUGUGCAAGAUUAUGCUCGUAGGGCAAACUAUUGUACAGUACAUAUAGAUGAAAUGAGGUUUUACUGCGAAAAUUGCAAAAGGUGUAUUUGCCGUGACUGCGCCAUUUUGGAACAUCAAGAUCACAACAAGAUUUCGCUUGACCAGGGACUUGAAAACAUUAAGUCUGAAAUUGGCAUCAGAGUUCACGAAGCUCAGGAAAACGGGUCUCGUUUGAGAAGUUACAAAGUCUCUCUGGAGAAAAGAAGAACGAAAGUAAACGGCAGUAUCGAAGAAGCGACAAAAGAAGUGAAGCGAGUCGCUGAACUCUGCAUAUCAUUAAUACGCCAGCACGAAACAAGUAUGACCGAACGAUUAAUCAAACUGGAAAAAGCCUUUAAAUAUGCAUUUGACAAUCAAAUGACCAUGUUAGACGGGAAACUGCUGGAAAUAGACAGCACCUUAGCCUUUUCAGAGGAGAUUCUUUCUCGAAAUAACUUACCGGAAAUUUUAAACGUCAAAGCAGUACUUGAAGGGAAGCUUAGAGAACUCUCUGUUACCUUGCAACCUUCGGAAGCUAUGCAAAAACUGGGUUACUCGGAGGUGAAGUAUAUUCAAAAUGAUGUCUUUCUAAAAGAUGCACCGGGAAAGUUAGUCACAAGCGACACUGAGCCUUUAUUAUCAGUUGCAGAAGGCAAGAAUCUCACAAAGGGGUUUGUAGGCGAGGAUGGCACUUUUACGGUUACUACAAAGAAUGCACAAGGUCAAACAACUUACUGUGCGAUAGAUGAAGUCAGUGCCAAAAUCAUUUCAUUGUCAGGGCAUGAGAGACUGGAGGCAAUUGUGACAGACUUAAAGGACGGCCGCUAUUCAGUCUCGUACGCCCCCAUAGCUCCUGGACAGUUUACUGUGUCAGUCGAAGUAGCAGGGAGUCCGAUCAUGGGCAGUCCAUUUACUUUAGAUGUGAAAAAUCAACCAGAGAUCAGGACGCAAGGUUAAGUUCUUUACUUCAAAAUCAAGGUUAUUCCACUAAAACGUGGAAAAAUACCAUUAAAAUUGUUAUAUUAAGGGGAAAUGACAAAAAACGUUAUUCAUUCUGUUCCAGAUAGCUUUGUCACACACAAUCUCUGGUCAAUGAUAUUUACCUAAAGCAAUUUACAUUUCUAAAUUCACUUCGACGAACCCUCACUCGUUGAACUAUUGACUGUGCAAAUAUCCUGAUCGUUUUUCAAAAAUUUGCCUACAGAUGAACAUUUAUGUUUCAACUAAAAAAAACAGGGCUGGGCUCAACUCCGUAUUUUAACAAAGGAUUGUCAUAUUAUGUUUCGUUUAAGGUCUGUGAUAUGGUUUUUAGUACUACAGAAAAAUUCAAUCUUAAGUCUUCUAUUGUGGUUGAAAGUUACCACCGUCUUCUCUCCGUAAUUGUAACAAAUUCAUAUGCUUUAUCGUUGUAGAAAACCUUGAUUUCACCGCUGGGAUGUUUCAGAUAGACCCGAAAGGUGAAGUCUUUGCUAGGACACACGAUAUGGAUCUCAGAGACAUUGAUACAAAAUCCAAUGAUAACAUACCGAGGGAGGCUGUACGUAGUUAUUUUAAGACUAUUAAAGUGGGCUCGAGCCAGCGUAAGAAGAAGGAAAAAAAGAAAUUUAAAGAAGUGAGCAGGGCGAAAGAAAGGUAAGACAAAAGCUACGGCAAUAAUGUGUAUAAUUGGUUAACGUUAUCAAGUCCGAUAAAGCAAAAUAUUAUUCACGUUAAAGGUAUUAACUCUAACUUUUGUAGAGAAAGGCUUUUUCCGAAAAUCAGUGACCAAAGUCAUGCGGUCACCUAUAUCCGCACACACUCAUGAAACAAUGUUAGUGACAAAAUAUAGUAUAGAGAGUAGUUUGUUUCUCGAAUAUAUAUCGUUAAAAAGAUAAAAGAUAUUUGUGAUAAAGUGAAUUUAUGAGUAUGGAAAUUGUUUCUAUCACUUUAUACAAGAGCGAAUGAAUCUCUUGCUUUAUAUUUAUAGGUCUAGCUGCAUUAGACAGGGUAAGCAAAUAUUCCAAUGUCAAACCCGGCUUUCUUUCUGUAACUUAUUCUCAAUUUCGUUAAAAAUGAAAACAAAACAAAACAAAACAAAAAAUACAUUCGAAUCGUGAAAGCGCACUCUUUAAUCUUAGAUUUUUUCAUGACAUUAUCGUCCGGCAUCGAUAUUGUAUAAAUGUUCAUUUUAUUUCUUUAAAGGUUUGGUUGUCUUGACUCAGAUUGAAGGAGAAUUGGCUGCUAACGUUAACGGAAUCCGCUGACUGCAACAAGGAGGAGCCAUUGGAGAGCAUUAGGAGCUGUUGA